AUGCUUACCUCAAAAGAGGAGUUACUAGAAGCACUACAGAAGGAAAUUGGCGAAGAGAACAUCAUAGAAGACUCCACGGUAAGAUUUCAGCGAAAGACGUACGGUGACAUGCAGAUUGCAGUGAUACGAGUACCAGCUCAGAUAGCGGCUAAGAUCACUAAGUUACAGAAGAUCAGAAUAGGAUGGGUCAACUGUAUGAUCCAGGUGGCUAACCGCAAAAACGAGCCGCUUAGGUGUUAUAAAUGCCUAGGUUUUGGCCAUAUCGGCAGAAACUGCACAGUGAUCGAAGAUAGAAGUAAGCUUUGCUUUAAAUGUGGAAAAGACGGGCACAAAGCAAAGGAGUCUAGCUCUAGUACAGGAUGCUGUAGAAAGGAAACCGGUACUGAUAACAGGCGAUUUCAACGCCUGGGCAGUAGAGUGGGGCAGCCAAAGGACGAACGAAAGAGAACGGAAGCAUUCGCCCUCCUUGACUUGGUCUUCGUUAACCAGAGACAGGGACACGGCCAGGGGCCACCACGAGUCAAGUCUAUACAGUACAGCUGCAGCAGCAUCGAAGAGACGUCGAGGACCGAUGAGAUCGGCGGGCAAUGA